CGUCUGCUGUCGUUAUUAGAUUUUUUAGGUCCGUCACAUCUCUACUGUGGUGUAGAUAACAGACUGCUUUGGUUAGAAACUGUGUUAAAAGUUAUUGUUUCCGCCGAAGAAGGGGUUUACGGGUCAAACGCGCCGCCCUGUAGGCUGAUCCACGGCGCACGCGCGGUACCUUUCCUCCCUGUUCUAGCAGCGCGCGACUUUUCUCCUCGCGUCCCUCCAGCCUCCAGCCAACCACACCUGGAUUCACCGCGUCAACGUCCGCGUCUGUCUCUGUGGCGAUGGUGAUUGACAGAUGAUCUGACAGAGGAAGACAUCAGGUGAGGAAAAGACGUCGUCGCUGUGCUGGUUAUUAUGGGGUGUACCUGUUGCAAGCAGAAAAAGUCUGGCAAAUCAUUAGGAGCAACAUCAGCAUCCAUAGAUGUUACUGAUCUGUCGGCAAACAAUGUAGAAGGAGGACUGCCCGGAGGUAUGUCUGGACGUUACUGUCCUGACCCCACUCAGAGCAUCCCAGACUUCAACAAGCCCUUCCCAUCCCCUUCUGUCUUCCCCACCACCAAUACACACUCUCGACCUGGAGGCAUGGGUGGUGGAGUCACUCUCUUUGUAGCUUUGUAUGACUACGACGCUCGCACUGAAGAUGACCUCACUUUCCAGAAAGGAGAGAAAUUCCAAAUAAUCAACAACACGGAGGGUGACUGGUGGGAGGCCCGCUCGUUGAACACCGGCAACUCAGGUUACAUCCCCUCCAACUAUGUUGCUCCGGUUGACUCCAUACAGGCUGAGGAGUGGUAUUUUGGGAAAAUGGGGAGGAAGGAUGCAGAGAGACAGCUGCUGGCUCAGGGCAACCAGAGGGGAACCUUCCUCAUACGAGAGAGUGAGACCACCAAAGGUGCCUACUCUCUGUCCAUCCGUGACUGGGACGACACCAAGGGAGAACAUGUCAAGCAUUAUAAGAUCCGCAAACUAGACAACGGCGGCUAUUACAUCACCACCAGGUCACAAUUUGACACUGUUCAGCAACUGGUGGAGCAUUAUACAGAGAGAGCGGCGGGACUGUGCUGCCGUUUGAUGGGCAGCUGUAAGAGGGGCAUGCCUAAGCUGGCUGACUUAUCGGUGAAGACCAAGGAUAUGUGGGAGAUUCCCCGCGAGUCUCUCCAGCUGAUUAAGAAACUGGGCAAUGGCCAGUUUGGAGAAGUCUGGAUGGGCAUGUGGAACGGCACCACCAAGGUAGCGGUGAAGACUCUGAAGCCAGGAACCAUGUCCCCCGAGGCCUUCCUGGAGGAGGCUCAGAUCAUGAAGAGGCUCCGGCACGACAAGCUGGUGCAGCUCUACGCCGUCGUGUCUGAGGAGCCCAUCUACAUUAUCACCGAGUUCAUGAGCCAAGGGAGCUUACUGGACUUCUUAAAGGACGGAGAAGGGCAGAACCUAAAGCUGCCUCAGCUGGUGGACAUGGCAGCACAGAUUGCAGCUGGGAUGGCAUACAUCGAGCGGAUGAACUACAUCCAUCGUGACCUGCGAGCUGCCAACAUUCUUGUUGGAGACAAUCUGGUGUGCAAGAUCGCUGACUUUGGCCUGGCCAGGCUAAUUGAGGACAACGAGUAUACCGCCAGACAAGGAGCCAAGUUCCCCAUCAAAUGGACGGCUCCAGAAGCUGCACUCUAUGGACGCUUUACCAUCAAGUCAGAUGUCUGGAGCUUCGGUAUCCUGCUGACUGAACUCAUCACCAAGGGACGUGUGCCCUACCCAGGCAUGAACAACCGUGAGGUGCUAGAGCAGGUGGAGAGAGGCUACCGGAUGCCAGGUCCCCAUAGCUGCCCGACCUCGCUCCACGAACUGAUGCUGCAGUGCUGGAGGCGGGAGCCUGACGAGAGGCCCACCUUUGAGUACCUGCAGUCCUUCCUGGAGGAUUACUUCACCGCCACAGAGCCGCAGUACCAGCCCGGAGAAAACCUGUGACCGGGAUCGUUUCAGACAGAUGUGGAGCUUUAAUUGUAUUCAAAAAUACAGUGACGGGCAUCUUGAAGUCAUGCAUUUAUUUGUGCCUUCAGUGUUUUUGAUCCACACCUACUCAAAUGAAGAAACAUAUCAAUGACUUUUGACAUUUCCUUUGUUUUGGUUGCUGAUCAAUGCUUCCUGCUCAGAGCAGAUCAGUUAUCCAUGCUGAGGAGUUGGAGGCUCUCCUGUUCCGGCCUUGCAGUAAUGUUGCUUUACUCUGUAACCAUGACAACAAGCAACUGAAAGAAAAUGUAGAUGCUUGUGUUGAGGGGUGGGUUGAGGGAGUCCAGUGGGUGCAUGAUCUGUUCAGCUGCCAGAUUUCUUCAGGUCCUUUGAUUUCUUUUUCUGUGAGGAGAAUGCCAUCAGAUUGACUGAUUUCUUUGUGACAAAUGUGCCAAGGCAAAAAGAAUCUCAACGGCAACAAGGUGCACAUCUUAAGGAAGCUCAGACAGCUGCCAGUGAACCCCACAGUUCUUUAUCUGACCAGAUCAUGAACACAUUAACUUCCUGAUUUUUAAAAGGAUUUACUCUUCAGCAAUAACUGAGGUGAGGUCUGGUUUCUUUAUACUUAUAUUUGAUUUUAAGAUGGUCUAAUCUUAGAUCCAUAUCUGUCUCCUUGAACAAGUGCCUUUAAUGCUGUGCUAAAAGUGGAAAUAAUAAGGAAUGUGCUUUACUUAUGAAUUGUCUCGUUUAAUGUUCUAAUUUAACUGAAAUAUAUCUGUGCAUCACAAACAAUUCUAUAUCUAGUAAACAUGUAUACAGUUUCAAGGUGGGAGGGUUGAAAAAGGCAAAGAUAAAGAGGAAAGAUCUCUGACAGUGGAAUAUGAAUAAAUAGUGUUUUAAAUGCUUUUUUCAAUCGUUACUUUUCCACGAAUGUAACCGUCAUGCUGCAACCCCUCUCUCAUAUUAUUGUAAUAAAGAUCAAAUCUCUUUUCCAGG